AUGCCCUGCUUCCCGGAACACGACUACAACAUGGGCCAGUACUACAUCUGUGUGGUCAUCAACGACGAGCGUCGUGUGGUGUGGGCCUAUAGCACGUUUGGUGGCGCCAAGCUCAUGGAACACUCGUACUUUGGACAACGCCGCGUCUUGGCAGCCAUGGAGCGUCUUCGUCAUCGUCCUCAACGCAUGGUGUGGGUGGGCGACUACGCCGACGGCGAACCCGAUGGUACGCACUUGUACUCUGCCGGACAUGAGUGGGAGUCCGAGAACCACGGCGACGUGAACACCAAACAUUGGCGGGAAAGCGACAGCCAAGACAAGUCGCUGAAGUCUGAAGAAAGUCUUCGGUUCCUUGUCAACCAUGAUCGCCAUGAAAUCAUUGAUCUUCAAGUCUAUCUAAGAGAUGAUGUACAUCCGCUGCCGCUGCUGACAGCGGAAGGGAACGGCCGUGGCGGCGGUGACUUCCUAGGCAAUGGUAAUGUUGGCAUCUGGUCACGUCAGCUCAUCUCGAGCGAGACCUUGCUCGAUGCUCAAGUCUACAUCGAUUUGGGCUACACCAAGGUCGAGCAGUUCUUCACAGAAGGUUAG